CCUUCACCCCAUCUGGCUCACUGGCAGGGUUUGUUUACUGGCGGAGAGGCAGGGAAGAAGGGGAUCCUAGGGGACCUGGGAGACUGUACAAUCUACCUCUGGCUGUGGAAGAGGAGGGGAAAAAAGAAGUUUCAAACUUUAUUUGACUUAUUUUUCCCGAACUGAAACAAACGCUCAGUUGUGUUGUCAGGAGCUGUCCGGAACAUGAAAACAACGUGGAGCGCAUUUGAUUUUUUAUUUUCCCAAAAAAGAAAGGACAGCGGACUGCCGAGCCACAGCGAAGUGUGACUGACAGCUCGGAGAGUGGAGGGCUCACUGAAAUCUCUGCAUCGGCUGGAGAGUUUCAACUUUGGAUGUAGCUGCCGAUAUUUCACACGCUGAAGACGUACAUUAUCGCCGGUGUGUGUUCGCUGAGGAGUUGAGAGGAUUUUUUUGAACGAAAAGACUUGACUACGCCACACAAGCCACAACUACCGACUUAGCAGCAAACACCUCUAAAAUGACUCUAAAUCACCUGUCGUGUGUAUAAAUAUUUUUGUGCAUACAAGCAAGCCAUUUUAAAACACCGUGUAUAUGAGUAGUACAGCUGUGCAUGUGGUUCCUGGAGCGAUUUUUUAUUGAAAGAGUUGCAGAGUAGCAACGCAAACUUCACUUGUGGCCUGGACUGGAGUGGCGGAGCUAGCCAGACAGCUAACUGUCGCUUGCUAGCGCUAACGUUAGCUCCUGGUCGGCUAGCAAGGUUGCUUUUUCUCGACUCUGGCAAAUUAAACGGCGUUAAUUUAACCGAACAAUGUGUUUAAUGCGGCCGAACAGCCCUACAUAAGCCGAGUAGUGACGUCCCACGCUUGUGUGUGUGGUAACUUGUUUUCCAUGAGCUGGCUAGCAGCGUUAGCUAGUAUUUGACUGAACACGUUGGACUUGUUCCUCCGCCCAUCUUCCGGGAUGUCUUGUUUUUAUUUUUGUUUACCUGUAGGCUCACGCCUUGUGACAAAACCAAUUUCCUGAAGGCAUUUCUUACCAGUGUGAAGUGCGUUCUCAAGGAAUUACCUUGUAUUUGCCCCCCUCGGCCAGCGUUGGAUAAAGCGACUUAAACCCGAGUCAAUAUGUGGCUCCGGACUUUGUUUGUGUAUUUUCUCGUGACCACUGUUUUCAUUGUGUGGAGCUGUCAACACGCCAACGGAGAGAUUUGUUCAAGCAAAGACAUCCGGAACAAUGUGACCAACCUGCAGACACUAGAGAACUGCACUGUGAUCGAAGGCCACCUGAAGAUCCUACUAAUGUUCAAGACCAAGCCCGAGGAUUUCCGAGGCCUCAGCUUCCCCAGGCUGACUGUCGUCACUGACUACCUGUUGCUUUUCAGGGUUUAUGGCAUGGAGAGCCUCAGUGAACUCUUCCCCAACCUAACCGUCAUCAGGGGCAACAACCUGUUCUUCAACUAUGCCCUGGUGAUCUUUGAGAUGCUCCAGCUCCGAGAGAUCGGCCUCCACAGCCUGAUGAAUAUUACCAGAGGAGCUGUGAGGAUCGAGAAGAACCCAGACAUCUGCUACCUCUCCACCUUGGACUGGUCCAAGAUCCUGGACUCUGUUGAGGACAAUUACAUUGUGGCCAACAAGAACGAGCGAGAGUGUGGAGAUGUGUGCCCGGGGGCGGCCAAGGGAAAGACCACCUGCCAGACGACCACCAUCAACGGGCACUUCAGCGAACGUUGCUGGACACAGAGGCACUGUCAAAGAAUGUGCCCCGUUCAUUGCAAACAUCGGGCCUGCACCAAGGACGACCAGUGCUGCCACGACCAGUGCUUGGGGGGCUGCCUGAAGCCCGACUCGGCCAGCCAGUGCGUGGCUUGCCGCAACCUCGAGCACCAAGGCACCUGCGUGGAGCGCUGCCCGGAAAACCACUACAUCUUCAAGGGCUGGCGUUGCGUCUCCUUCGCGUUCUGCCAGGAGCUCCACAACAAAUGCAAGCGGGACAAAGAGCAGAGCAAGAGCCCCGACUGUCACGAGUACGUCAUCCACAACGGAGCCUGCAUCCCCGAGUGUCCCUCUGGCUACACUACCGUCAACUCCUCCUCGCUCAAUUGCACUCCUUGUGCCGGCCUCUGUCCCAAGAUAUGUAUGGGUCUGAAAACUGUGGAUUCUGUCACGGCUGCCCAGGCUUUGAGAGGAUGUACUGUUCUCAAUGGAAGCCUGGUCAUCAACCUGCGUGGAGGAACCAACAUUGCAGCCGAGCUGGAGGCCAACCUGGGCCAGCUGGAGGAAAUCACCGGCUACCUGGCAGUGCGGCGCUCCUACGCCCUCGUGUCCCUCUCCUUCCUGCGCAAACUUCGUGUUAUCCGUGGAGAGGUCCAGGAAAUCGGGAACUACUCAUUCUACGCACUAGACAACCAGAACCUGCGUCAGCUUUGGGACUGGUCCAAACACAAGUUGACCAUCCUGCAGGGCCGCAUGUUCUUCCACUACAACUCCAAGCUCUGCAUGUCCGAGAUCGCCAAGAUGGAGGAGGUCACGGGAACCAAGGAUCGGCAGGUCAAGCAUGACAUUGCGUCCAAGACUAACGGAGACCAGGCUUCAUGUGAGAAUCAUGUGUUGAAGUUCACCCAGGUCCGAACCCUGAGCGAUAAAAUCAUCAUCAAGUGGGAACCCUUCUGGCCUCCAGAUUUCAGAGACCUGCUGGGCUUCAUGGUGCUCUACAAAGAAGCACCCUUUAAGAACGUGACCGAGUUUGACGGGCAGGACGCCUGCGGCUCCAACAGUUGGGUGAUCGCGGAUGUGGACCCUCCGCCUCGAGCCACCGAGGGGGACAAAGAGCAGAUUGAGCCGGGGCACCUCAUCCUGCCGCUUAAGCCGUGGACGCAGUACGCCAUCAUGGUCAAGACCCAGCUGUCAGCCUCAGACGACCACCAGGUCCACGGAGCCAAGAGCGAGAUCAUCUAUGUGCGCACCAAUGCCACCAAACCUUCCGUCCCACUGGACCCGAUAUCGUCAUCCAACUCAUCCUCCCAGAUUAUCCUGAAGUGGAAGCCACCCAACGACCCCAACGGCAACAUCACUCACUACCUUGUGUUCUGCCAGCGCCAGCCGGAAGCCAGCGAGCUCUACAAGUUUGACUACUGUCAGAAGGGGAUGAAGUUGCCAUCGCGGGUGCCAACCCAGGUGGACAGCGAUGAGGAGCAGAAGUGGAACCAGACGGAGGAGCAGGGCCAGGGGACACGCUGCUGCGCCUGCCCCAAAACCGAUAAAGAGCUCAAGAAGGAGAAAGAGGACUCGGAGUAUCGCAAAACCUUCGAGAAUUACCUCCACAACGAGGUCUUUGAGAUAAAACCCACCAGGCAGCGGCGUUCCACCAUGGGCAUCGCCAAUCGAACACACUCCUUCCUCACCACCACCCCCAGCCAGCCUGAGGGCACCCGCAGCCCUGAGGACGAGGAGGAGGAGAGCUUUGAAAGCACCAAGACCGUAGUGACAGUUCACUCCAAGGAGUCCACCGUCAUCUCCAACCUGCGCCACUUCACCAGCUACCAGAUCGAGAUCCACGCCUGCAACCACCCGACUGACCCGGGCCGCUGCAGCAUGGCAGCGUACGUCAGCGCCCGCACAAUGCCUGAGGACAAAGCUGAUGACAUCGUCGGUCCCAUUGCUUACGACGUGUCUGAGUACACGGUGCACAUCAAGUGGCAGGAACCUAAAGCCCCCAAUGGCAUGAUCAUCCUGUAUGAGGUUAACUACAAGAGACUGGGAGAUACUGAGGAGCUGCACCACUGCGUGUCCAGAAACAUGUUCAAAAUGGCCAAUGGCUGCAGACUGAGAGUGGUGCAUCCUGGGAACUAUACGGUGAGGAUCCGAGCCACCUCUCUGGCAGGGAACGGCUCCUGGACCGAGCCCACCCACUUCUAUGUCCAGGACCUGAGGGAUCCAAUUAAUGUGGUGAAGAUUGUGAUUGGACCAGUCAUCUGCUUUGUCCUCCUCCUGUUUGUGGCCGCCGCAGGAGUUUUUAUGUUCAAGAAGAAGCAAACCCAAGGUCCUAGUGGCCCCAUCUAUGCCUCUUCAAACCCAGAGUACCUCAGUGCUAAUGAUGUGUACGAGCAGGACGAGUGGGAGGUGCCGAGGGAGAAGAUCAGUAUUUUGCGGGAGCUGGGUCAGGGCUCCUUCGGUAUGGUCUACGAGGGCAUCGCCAAGGACAUCAUCAAGGGCGAGGCGGAGACGCACGUCGCAGUGAAAACUGUCAACGAGUCAGCCAGCCUGAGGGAGAGAAUCGAGUUCCUCAACGAGGCCUCUGUCAUGAAAGCCUUCAGCUGUCACCAUGUGGUGCGUCUGCUGGGCGUGGUGUCCAAGGGCCAACCCACCCUGGUGGUGAUGGAGCUGAUGACCCACGGAGACCUGAAGAGCUACCUGCGCUGUCUGCGCCCAGACUCCGAGAACAACCCGGGGCGCCCGCCGCCCACGCUGAAGGAGAUGAUCCAGAUGGCUGCAGAGAUCGCCGACGGCAUGGCUUACCUCAACGCCAAGAAGUUUGUCCACAGAGACCUGGCAGCCAGGAACUGCAUGGUAGCUCAUGAUCUCACUGUCAAAAUAGGAGACUUCGGCAUGACCAGAGACAUCUAUGAGACCGACUACUACAGGAAAGGAGGGAAGGGCCUGCUGCCCGUCAGGUGGAUGGCCCCCGAGUCCCUCAAGGACGGAGUCUUCACCGCACACUCAGACUGCUGGUCGUUCGGGGUGGUGCUGUGGGAAAUCAGCACGCUGGCCGAGCAGCCGUACCAGGGCCUGUCCAACGAGCAGGUCCUCAAGUUCGUCAUGGACGGAGGCUACCUGGACCGGCCGGACAACUGUGCUGACAGGCUACAUAACCUGAUGCAGAUGUGCUGGCAGUACAACCCCAAGAUGCGUCCCACCUUCCAGGAGAUCAUCGAGAUGCUGCGCGAGGAACUGCACCCGUCCUUCCAGGAGGUGUCCUUCUUCUACAGUGAGGAGAACAAGCCGCCCGAGAGCGAAGACUUCGACCUGGACAUGGAGAACAUGGAGAACAUGGAGAGCAUCCCGCUGGACCCGUCGUCCUACUCGCAGAGGGAGCAGUGCUUGGACAGGGACGAGGCCUCCUCCGUGGGCCUGCGGGGCAGCUACGAGGAGCACCACAUCCCCUACACGCACAUGAACGGGGGCAAGACCAACGGACGAAUACUGGCCCUGCCACGGUCCAGCCCCUCAUAACAUACUGUACACCCCUCACACCCCCCACGCACACACACACACACAUCAGUGCUAUAGAUAUGAAUAUAUUUUUGUUUUUUGUUGUCAUUUUAUAUAGAUCACACUUUUAUCACUCGCUCUCCAGAGAGCCUUCAAGACAUAUCUCAGGACCUUAUUUUUCUCCUCAGAUGCCACACACACAAACACUACAGUAUGUCCACACGCGGACGCCAGAAGACACUUUUUUGUAUUUAAGGACGGACCUCCUGCUUCUCUCUUGUCUAUGAUUGUAGUUAUAUAUAUAUAUAUAUAUAUAUAUAUACAUAUAUAUAUAUAUGUAUGUAUUGCCAAGUUUGUGCUAGACUGGGCGGAUAAUGGAAUCAACUGUGAAACAAACUCUUGACAAAACAAGAAGGCUGCUAAACCCCAGUCCCUUUGUGACCACCAGACUUUGUCCCCCCUCCCUCACUGCAUCAAAAGGGUUCAUCCCCGGGUUGCUACGUUUUGAAAAAGUGCCCUUCUAUUUUGUCCGUGGCCUACAUCAGUCGUCCUGAAAAUGUGUCUGAAUCUUUGUACUCAAGUGGUAAAAUGAAUGACAGACUCAACUGAAAGACUUGGGGAACUCCGUCGGACGGUCAAAGACGUUCCAUCGCCGAACAAACUCUCAUCCACUGGAGAAGCCGGCCGAGACCGCUUACCUCCUCACACUCUGCAGUAUUCCAACACGGCACACAGGAUUAACAGGAUUUUUGUCGGGUUCUAUUUUUUAAUUUAUUUACAUUUCUUUUUUUUUCUUUUUCUUUUUUCACAUUUACAGCUGAAGGAUAUUUAAACUUUUCAAAAAAAAAAAAAAAAACAUGUUGGCAAACGAGUUCCUCAGAUUGACCAAUAGCUGCUUCUUUGGUAUAUUUUAGUGGGUAUAGAAGAUUUAAAAUAUAUAUAUAUAUAUAUAAAUAUAUUAUUGAUGUUUUUGUACAUAGUUGAUAUGUUGUCAAUGUUGAGGUAUUUCCGGUCGUAGAAAAUGUUUUUACAUGUUAGUCUCUUAUGUUUAUUUUUUCUAAUCCAGAGAAUCAUAUUAAUUAGCAUUUUGGACUCUUGAUCAACCAACAGCACUUGGCCUUCUUCUUCUUUUUUUUUUUUUUUUUGUGCUAUGCGAUGCACAGGAGAAGGAGUGUUUGGCGUCUUUUGCUUCAGAUGUCUGCCCCUCAUAUCAAGAUCAAAUAAAAUAGUGCUGUAAAUAAAGCAGCAAGGUGCAUUCAUGAA